AGUGUAGCACCCCAAACACUAUAUAUAUAUGGACCGUAAUGCCAAAUUCUUAAACACACUUCUUCGGUUGUAGAUCCAGAAUGGCAUAUUUCUUCCGACCUAGAAAUACUACUGAUCCAGCCGGCGACAUAGAAGCAGGAGUUGACUUGGGGCCGGUUGAACCUGAACGGCGCCGCAACAUGGGCUGGGCAAAAUUUGUCCUUCCUUCUUGCUUAACAGCAGCUAUUGAUGUAACACUUGUCUACGUUCAAGUUCACUCAAAAUUUCCCACAGGUUUCCAUUUUCUGAAUAUGGCUAUAUUACUUGCAUUUGCUUCUUUCUUCGUUGCUUGGUUCAUUAAUCCCAAGUACAUGGGAACAAUUAAAGUUGUUGUCAACUGUGGCGUAUUCUUCACAUGUACUGCUUUUUUUAUUGGGGUUACCAUUCCAGUUCCAUUAUCUUUCAAAAUUAUUGGAUGGCUCAUUUAUGCCAUAUCGCUCAUUGCAAUUUUGUUCAGCUUCAAAAUGGAAUUAAAAGGGUAUUAUAUCAUCAAACCUCCAAAUACUAGAGGAGAAAACCUUCCUACCUCUGUCGUUUGUAUUCAAAAUUCACCUCAAUUCAUCUCAUCUCAUCAUUACAAUUUUCUCAAAUUUCUACACAAACCAUCUCAACCCAUUUUUACUAUUCACAAACCAUCUCAAACCAUCUCAACUCAUCUAUGAAUCCAAAUACCCAUAACCUCUACCUCUUCCAUCGAAGCCCCAUCCCCAGAAAUUCAAUACCCAAUGGGUUCGAAUCCGUCGAAAAUGCAGGAACCGAGCAUCUACACCAACAAGCUUAACUACAAAAUCAAGUUCCUCUUCGGCUACAAUGAUCAGAAGCUCUGGGUUCUUUGGCAUGUACGAGUAAAAGGUUGGAUGUAUCGUCAUGGUUUGAUGAAUUUAUUGCUGAUGCUGAAAUUCUCCUGCGCGACUCGGUUAGUUGCUGCUCUAUCUAGAGAUCUCUUGGUGGAUUUUAUCCCCUUUCUGCUGAGGAUUGCUGAUUCUUUAGCAUCUCCCCUACAAGGUGGUGCUGAUAGGGAGCCAGAGAUUAUCGAACAGAUAUUUAUAUCGUGGUCAUAUAUUAUGAUGUAUUUGCAGAAGUAUUUGAUACGAGACCUUGUUUAUCUGCUCAAGGUGACGGUAAAACUAAGAUUUUAUCCCAAGGAUUAUGUUCAAGAAUUUAUGGCAGAGGCAUUAUCAUUCUUGCUUAGGAAUGCGCCAGAUGAGCAGUUGCAGUAUGCUAUGAUCUUGCCUUAUUAUUUAUUUUUGUCUUCAGGGAAUCGAUUCCUUGGUUUUACUGACAUGGAUAUAAAGGAACCUUUUUUUCCUUUUAUGUUUGAAUUAUUGCUCAACUGAUUUCUGCUGUCAUUAUUGUUAUUUUGUUGUAUCCUUGCGAGUUUCUUGUUUGGGAACUAGGGAACUUUUUAAUGUGGUCUCCAGUAAGGACUUGUGUGAAUAACUUUUGUUUUUGAUAAGUGGGACUUGUGUGAAUAACUAAAUUAUUGAAAAUAUAUGUUUGUAAAUGGCAUGGUGUUGGUAGCAAUAUUAUUGUGAGGGAAAAGCUUAUAAUAACCUUUUGUUUAUGGUUCAAGGAUUUCUGAUGAUUCUCGUCUGAGGUAACCACGUUGCCGUACCUUUUUCCCAUGCAAAUAUAGCAUACAAUGGUCUUCAAAUUCAGUUUUGGUAUCAAAGCAUUUGUCUUUUUCAAUAGGGUGAUAAGUCAAUUUGUUCAUAGAAGCCAAGUUUGUUUUUGAAAUAAAGAUUUUUUUUGUUGGAGACCCACGGUCAUGGUCGUUGGUCUUCUCUAUGUAGAUACCCACUACCAUGGGUUUGUGACUAUGAAGAAGAAAAAAGAUGAAGAGAAAGGGGAAGGGGAAAUGGAAGCGGAGAAGGGGUAGUAGAAAGGAAAGAAGAAGAGGAAGAAAUUGAAGAGGAAGUGGAGAAGGAGAAAGAAAGAAGGUGGCUGCUGAUUGGUGUGUGGUUGUUAGGGUUUUUUUGGUUUUUAUGUGUUGGGCGGGCGGGCGGGCGGGAUACCUGCUCGCAACCCACCUGUAUGUUAGAAUUAAGUCUUAACCUUGUCCACCCUUGUCCUCGGGGCGGGUUGGUUGCCUGCUCUUAGAUGUGCCAGGCAGGCCAGGCUGCCCUGCACCCGUUAGAUCUUGUGUGUCUGGGAGGACUCAAGAAAUAUGGAGGAACCUUUGUAAGAACAGUUCGAAUCGGCAGAUUUAUGUUAUUCUAUGGAAAAUAUAGGGAACUAGAGGUACCUUUGUGUUGUGAGCCUCUUGCUAGGUAUAUCCUUUGGAGAGUGGGAGGUCCUUUGAUGGGGUAUGGAGAGAAAUAAAAACUUUAUGUCAUGCUGUUGGGGUUUCAUGUGAAGGGUGAGGAGGAGCUCAUGGAAUUGCUUGUUGAUGUCUCGACUCGUCAAAGAGAGUUAAAGAGGAAAUUGGUCAAAUGUCCGGGGGAGAGGGACAUAAGAAUUUUCAAGUUAUUAUCAAAGUAUAUAAAGGACCCAU